AUGGCUACUCAAGCCCUCCCAUCACACCCAGGUCCAGACCAUCAAAUCUCAAUCAAAGUUCUUUACAACGACAGCAACCGUCGCUUCAAGUUACCUCUGAAGGACCUCCAGGCUCAGGUGCUCCCCCAAAAGCUCCGCUUGCUUCUCGGCGUUCCGGCAAAUGUCAACGUCAUCUUCGAACGCUAUUCCGACAGCGCCGGCAACUACAUUCACCUAGACGAAGCCAACCCCUCCGUCUACAAACAACUCUACCGUGCUGCCAAAGCCAAGUCCAAGCUUCGCAUCAGGGCCACCGUGGUCGAUACCUCGGCGGCGGUACCUUCAGACUUCUCACUCCCGGCUCAGCCGAUCACUCAAAGCCCUCCACGAUACAGUUACCUUGAGACCGUCCUCAGCUCACCUAUCCCCAUGGCUCAUCCCGAGAGCCUCCCAGCUACCUCUGAGCUGGCAAGCACCUCGCUCGAGGUCGACGCCUUCCCACCACAGCCGAUCCAGACCUCCACUCAACCUCCUCACUACCGUGACUUCGAGGCUGAAGACAAGAUUCGUUUCCCCGUCAUCUCUCACAACUCGCCCAAUGGGAUGUUUUGUAUCGACUGCAACAACUGUGGUCGAUCCAUUGCCAAUGAGCACUAUCACUGCAGUAUCUGCGAGUACGGAGACUAUGACCUGUGCCCACAGUGCAUCGACGCGGGUGCCUCGUGCCGCAGCGACGGCCACUGGCUGAUCAAGCGGAUGGUGGUGAACGGUAUUGUGACCAACAGCACCACUGAGACCAUACCUCCCCGUCACCCUCAGACUCAGGCUGUGGCCAAGGAGACCUCCGAGCCCACUGCAAAGGUUGCUACCGUGCAGGACGAGGAGGAGAUCAAGCCCCAGAUUGCAGUGUGCCCAGCUUACGAGCCCCCCGCCACUGAACGAGUCCAGGAGAUGGAGGCUUCCCUCAUUCCUGGCUUCACCAGUCAGACUGAUGUGGCUAUUCAGGGCGAUGAGCAGCCCAUGUGCAAUGGAUGCUGCCGUGAGGUAGAUGAGAGCAACCUUGUGCGUUGCACUGAGUGCGAGGAUUAUGACCUCUGCCUUCGCUGCCUGCUGCGCAACAAGCACGGUCACCAUCCCGCCCACACCUUCUCCCUUGGCUCGGACCGCAACUUCUGCUUGAAGAACCUCAUCAUGUCUCGUUGCCUUCCCGGCCGGCAGUUCAAACACGCCGCCAUCUGUGAUGGAUGUGAGAAGCACAUCGUCGGUACCCGCCACAAGUGCCUGUCCUGCCCUGACUGGGACUACUGCCCCAGCUGCAUCAAGAUGGCUCACCAGAACCAUCCUGGUCACCGCUUCGCUCCUAUCUACGAUGCUAUUGGUGAGCAGCCUCGUGACUCCGAGGUUCACUUUGGCAUCUUCUGCGAUGGCCUACUGUGCAAGGACAAGCCUGCUCAGAGCUACAUCACUGGGGUUCGAUACAAGUGCGCCGUCUGUGACGACGUUGACUUCUGUGCGAGCUGCGAGGCUCACCCUAACCACGGGCAUAACCGCACCCACCCCUUGAUCAAGUUUAAGACUCCCGUCCGCACCGUCACGGUCAGCACUAUCAACGAGGAUGAAUCUGUUCCUGGCCGAGUUUCCCUGGGUGACCAGCCUCGCGAGACUGUUGACUCGGCUGCUCUGCAUGAGGAUGUCGAGGAAAAGAAGCCCGUUGUCGUGGAGCAGGCUCCCGUAGAGGUGGAGGCCACCAAGCACGAGCCCGCUUGGCCCGCUCCUUACGCCCCGGUCCCCACGGUUGAGGCACCAGAGGCUGCCCAAGAGCAAGACUCGGCCAACUACAAGGCUUACUUCGUUCGCGAUGCGAUCGCUGAUGGUACCAAGCUGCCUCCCAACACCGUUUUCCGCCAGACUUGGACUCUCUUCAACCCCGGCCCCUUUGCCUGGCCAGCUGGCAGUGAUGUCCGCUUCGUCGGCGGAGACACCAUGUUCAACGUCGACUCUAGCCACCCAUCUAGCGUCGAGUCCAUCCGCUGUGCGAUGGAGAGUAACAAGCUUACCGCUCCUCUGGGACCCGGACAGAGCGCCGAUUUCAGCGUGACCCUGCGCACUCCUCGCCGUGAGGGCACUGCUAUCUCAUACUGGCGCCUGAAACUUCCCAAUGGUAUCCCCAUUGGCCACCGAUUGUGGUGCGAUGUUCAGGUACAGGGAAUUGUGUCUCCUACUCCAUCGACCGUGGAGCCGGUGAAGAUGAUCUUUGAGGAGCUGCCCGAGACCGAGUCUUCUACUGUCACCCCCGACACUGCCGGCAGUGGCAUGAUCUUCCCCAAGCUGGAGAAGGAGUCUCCCGAGUCUAGCCUCCACGAGGCUGUGGCCGAGACCCGCCCGGCUCCGACUGUGUCGACCGUUUCCGAGGCUGAUGUCCUGGAAGAUGUGGAGAGCCUCACCCUGGACGAAGCCUCUACCGAUGCUGGCUUCUUGACCGAUGAAGAAUACGAUGUCCUGGAUGCUAGCGAUCAGGAGUUCUUGGAGGCGAAGCAGUCUAUUCACUAG